UUUUUUUUAAUAUAUAUUGAAAAAAAAAAAUGCAAUAUGCAUCGUUGAAUCUCUUGGUCUGUUUCCUUUUAGUUUUCGCUAGCCUGAUCCUGACAUUGACCAUCAUCUUCAUCCUCGGAUGCGGAGUGUUCAUCGCUUGGGAGGAGUUGAACGACGAUGCAGAAGCUGAUAGGGACGACAGGUUCAUAAAGGCAAGGAAGGACCAGCUGGACGAUGACCCCCUGGGCCAGGAAGAGAGUCGAUUCAGUGAUACCCCUGCCUGCCAUAACAUCCAGCCAAGCAGGGCGGAAGACUUGCCAGAGUGUCUGCCGAGGAUGCGCCUCCCCGGAUCCCCCGGCUACGAUUGUGUCGUUCCAAAUAUGAUACAAAAGGCCUUUAUGUUCAAGUCGCAGACUAAACUGCAAGAGCGUACAGUAUUUCUGCACCAGCAGAUUCGCAGGCGUAAGAGAUUGUGACGAAGGAAAACAUGUUCAAUAACUACCAAAUGUGCUGAUAGAUUUUUUCAAACGGGACAAAACAACAAAAAAAGACAAGAAAAGAUUAUAAAUAAAUAAAAACUAAGUUCGAUACUUUUUAUUCAAAUAAUUUAAAAAAUCAUAAGAAGACAUGUCAGAUAAUAAAACAAUCGUUCUGGUACUAAUAUCAGACAAUGCAUUUUAAAAAAAAUUAUAAAACCACACUGGAUACCACUGACCCAUUGGAAUAGGAAAGUACCGACCGGGCAAAUACUGUGACGCAGAAGACUACAAGGGAAGAGUUGAGAAAUUGAAGUUGUUAGGUUCAGAUUCUGCAGUCAGUGGAAGAAGCAUCAAAGCCAUGUUAUGUCUUAUGUUUCUUUUUUUAAGUAACUGUUUUAUUGUUGCAAAUGAAAGUUUGAAUUUGGGUUUAUUAACGACACAAUUUGCUAGAAACAGAUCCAUAAAUUGCAGAUAGGGGGUGUUGAAAUUACUCUGGAAAAUUUUGUCAUAUUUUUUAUGCAUUUCAAGCUUUUCUUUUACUCAAUAUAGUCUUAAAUGAUUAAUUACAAUGGUUUAUUUAAAUA